UCGGCAUCUCAGCCGCACUCGCAGCUGAGAUCUCAACUGCUUCAACCCACUUCUGUUCUGCAACUCGUUCACUGCCGACGCCUGAAAGAGACGCAUCUGUUACCUUAGCCGCCCGGGAAGAAUGUCAAGAAGCGUGCACUUUCCAAAGGCAAUCGACCCUUAUACCGUCGGUGGUUGCCUGUGUUCGGACCCCCACGACGACAACAUUUCGGACCCCGUUCUUCAUUACAUGGGCUGUCUCCGGUUCGAUGAGAGAGAGAACUUCUUUAACCCUUCUAACCCACUAUGGCGCCGAUGUGUCACGGCCGCAUCCGCCAGCGGGUCACAAAGUGAAGAGGCUGCGCGCCUGGUGGUCGAGGAGAAGCUGAGGAGCUGGAAGAGAACCGUCGAUGAGAGACUGGAGAGGGCCAUGCGUCUUCGCCGAGCGAUGAAUACAGACCUUCGAUAUAACGUAUUAACAGAGAACUUUCCCAGAAGCCGCUGGCGCUGGAAAUCGUCGGGUAGGGCUUAUCUGGGCAUGUCCCAGGAUGGGGGCCCGGAACAGUACGAUCCGGACGAGGACUCAGUUGCAUAUGUUGCCCAUGUUGGAAGCACUGUUCCCCGUGUAGAUGAAGAUGUCGACGUUUUUACGGAACGCCAGCAAUACGCGGAGCACCGCAUAUCGGUUAAUCAGCUCUUGUACUGCCGAGAUUUCGAUGGCGCCCAUGGGCUACUCGAGAAUCUGGUGGGCGGCGGUAUCAAGUGGAUUCAUCUGCCAGCGAAUAACAUGGCCUGGGCUGAAGAGGCUGUUAGAGCAUACUUUGGCGAGGGGGAGACAUUGCGGCCUCACGGCCACCGCCUUCACAAGCUAAUAUUUGGUCAUGAUCAACUGUCUGCUGCGGCCCAGGCACUCUGUCCAGACGCAUGGCAGACCAAACCCCCAGAGAAGCUGAGGCUCCUCAGCGCUCGAUCCCUCCGUCAAACAUGCAGAUCUACAGUCUUCGACACGAAAUCACGCCCGGGAGGCCCCCAGCCUGUCUCGACCUGUGUAACUCUGUUUACGCCGUUCCUUUCCUGGGAGUCUGCUAGGCGUCAGGCUCUCAUCUCGCAGAUGGUCGAUGCGAACCUCGGUGACUACAGAGAACGGCAGAUAGCGGAAAACAGAGAGAAGUGGCGUAACCGCAUCGCCAGACGACAGGGCGUCGUGCAACCUCUCUCUCAAAGCCGCAUACCUCGUGCUAUCAGUCAGUUUAUAUCGAACACCCCAGUCCUAGGCGGAAAACGGCGCGGGUGGCAUUCCUACAUCGACGAAGCAGGGACAUUGCAAGUCCGCAGCCGGCUCGGCCAGUACUUGGUCAACUGUGCUAGGAUGUACGAGGCCAUGGCAACCUAUCGUGAUCGGCUACUUCUCGACAGGUACCUCACCGCCGACAAGCCGCUGCAUCUCAGACGCACACUCCAUCGAGCCUUCAUGCCAUCCAAGGUGGGAGAUGUCAAUACGCGUGAUUGGCAGCAAGUUGUCCAUCACUUCACCGCGCCCAACCCGAAUUUCCCGCACGAGUAUGGCCAUGGCCUCGAAAUGUGGCCCGACCACAUUCUUGACGAGAGCCCAUGCGAAAGCUGCGCGCUCAACAUCGGCAUGUCACCCAAAGUGAUCGUGGUUGACCAGCUAUGGAUGUGGAUUCUAGACCGACAUACCAUCAUUACAUGUUUCCCGAACCGUCAUGGAUCGGAUCAUGAUGAAUCGGCCGAAAUGCACAGCGCCAUUCGAUCCGAGCUACGAGCGUCAUCCAACGCUAUCAACUCGGCUUUUGAUGUUGCCUUGGCUAUUCUCGACGGGAGUUUCAACUACCUCUUGGACCCGGAGAGCAACCCCGCCGUCAAACUACGCGAUCGGAAACCCCCAGUGUUCGAGGCGUUCGAAGAAGCUCUUACUAAACUAAGUCGCCAAGGGUCACUAUCACGCGAGAAGCUAUAUCAAGUUGCAGACGUCAUGCAGACACUCCACGGACGGGGCCAUUUCCAAGGUCGUUCAGUCGAAUCAGUCACCUGGGCUACCCAUGCCAUCAACCCGGAGAGUUUUAUUCGCGGCAAGCUCCAAGACAUGACCGAGGAGUUGCGGAUGAUGCUCAAUAUCACGGAGACGCACGAGCAGACGCUCGAGAGCCUAAAAGCGCAAGUGGGACGGCUGUUGGAUUCCAAGUCUACCCAUCGGCAACGAGGCUUCGAGGGUGGACAGGACCUAGACAACGGGUUUCCAAGUCUAUCGAGUAGCAGUAACUCCGCCGGGGAUCCGGGGAAGGGCAAGCACAAACACGUCAUGUCGGGUAGUGUCCUAAGAGACGAGGAGACCCUGCGGAGGUUCGCGACCAAAGCGGACGAGGUUAUGGCACGGAUCCGGGCUCGGAAGGCUCGACUGGAUGAUAUGCUCAGGGCUGCAGACAACCUGUCUGCAAGUAUCCUCGAGUUCCUCACCGUGAAACAACACACGAUGGCGACGGCGGACUCCUGGCGAUCCCAGAUGCAAUCCACAUUGACUUACAGGCAGAGUACGGCCAUUGUUAUGUUUACCGUCGUCACCGUCAUAUUUGCACCGUUGUCCUUCAUGUCCAGCGUCUUCGGCAUGAGCGCGGCCGAGUUCGCCAACGAUUCAUGGUCACUAGGAGAGCAGUUCCGGCUGCUGUUCCCAAUCUCCUUCGCGGUAACCGCCCUCACCAUCAUCGCGGCUUUUAGCAGCCGCAUCCAGCGCAUCUUUCUCCUCAUCUACCGCCUCCUGAAGGUCGUUCUGCUAUACAAAUCCGGCAUCUACCGGCUCUGGGCGCAGACGCGCUUUUCUACCGACCGUUUCACCGACUGGGCGUCCGCGGUCGCCGUGGAAGCGCGGGACACGGAGCGCUACAAGAUUGCUCGCAAGCGGCACCGUCGCGUCGCGCGUCGGGAGGCGAUUCGGUACCAGGCCCGGCGGGCACACGAGGCCGAGAAGGCCAAGGAGAGGAACAAGGCUGCUGCUGUUACCGCCGCCACCGCCGCCACCCCGGCCCCCGCCAUUAGCUCUGGUGGUGGUCUCGCAGGGGGGAGUAAAGGGGGCGGGGGGGGGGGGGCAAGGUGUGAUGGCUGAGAAGACGGCCGCUGUGGAAGCAGCUGUGCAGGGCUCUCCUGCCGGUGCUGGUGCUGCUGGUACUUCAGUUGCGGUUGCGGGUGAGGACCCCAGCAACGUGGAGCAGGAUGUGUCGUCGGUGAGAUCGGGAAAUAGUAGGCAGAAAACGCAGCCGCAGGGUGAUGAGAUUGUCUAGAUCGUGUGUUCCUCGGUAA